CGCUUAUAUACAGUACUGCAAAAUACGUAGCCACAGCUGAUUUUGCAUUUAAAAGUAAACAAAACUAAUAAAUUGCAUUUCUUUAUUGUAUUUAUAAUGCUUCUGCAACGCUCGUGGUUGCCGCAUCUACGCCAAUACGCGAAGAAGUCGCGAGUCCACAUCAAACCAGCCACGGCCGUGAGCAUGCGUAUGGUCCAUCAGGAGAUCCUUCAUUAUGUAAACCCCUUUGCCAGGAUCAACGUGAAGUCCGAUGUUUUCCUGCGCAUCCAGCCCGCGGAUGUGCAUCAGUAUACCAACGGGGAUGUGUUUAUCGCCCAACUUGUGGGCGGCCAAGUCAAGAACUCGAAUGUCUCGCUCGAUGUGAAGGUAACCGAUGAGGACAAGGUGGUCAAUGUGGUGGUUAAGCAACUCGCGGAGCAGCCCACAAAGCUUGAAUGCCAUCUGCAAAUACCCGUGCGUUCCGAUAUCUCUGUGGACGCAAAAGGUAGUGUGCGAGUGGAAGGCAUACAGAGUGAACUGCUGCAAGUCAAGGCAAAGGAAGGCAUCCUUACCAAAAACAUCAAGGCCACCCAUAUAAACUUGUACAGUGAAAAUGGUAACAUCAAUUGCCAAGGCACAUUGCUGGGCAAGAUUACCCAAAUAGAGUCACAUAAUGGGAACAUUGCGAUGGAUAAGUUACAAGGAGACAGCUUGAAUUGUUCCACCAAAGCUGGCGGUAUUGUAACUGAUUGUUGCUAUGUGGAAAAGUCAAAGUUUCAGACACAAACUGGGCGUCUGGAGCUCAAGAAUGUCCACAAAUGCAGCCAAGUGCACGUCCAUCAGUCAUCGGAUCUCAAUAUGACUGGAGUACAUGGCAAUCUUCAAAUAACUACAAAAGGAGGCAACUUAAAUGUCCAACUCUCUGAGCUAGUGGGGAACAACAAAAUCGACGCCGAGAACUUGUUAGAAGAGGCUAUCAUACACAUUUCCCAAGCCAUAGAGCAGAAUCUUCACAUCGAGGUAACAGCCCCCGAAGUGAAAUUGGAAAAGGAACUGGAGCACGUAGCCCAUGCUCUCAACGAGAGCAAGAACAAAUUCGUGCUAAGCAAUCCAAAUACAAAUCGACUGGAAGUAAGCAGCACAGGCGACAAGGGCGUGCGCCUGGGAAAACAGUCAUGGAGCGAUAUGAUGCGUAAUAAAUUGAAGGCUACCGGUACCUUAGACGAUUUACCAUAGCUAAAGACAGAGACUAACUAAGUUAAGAAUAUAUUGUGCUGCAAGCUACAA